UUCCUUAAUGGCAGAAUUGCAUGCAAAGAAGGCUGGAUCUCUUUAAGGCUCCCCUGAAGUUGGAGAUGCACACACAAGGCUGGCCUGCCUGGGUGGUCUCUCUACUUUGGUGAGCUGUUGCUAAGCAGCUAAUAAUAGUCAUGUUUGCUGAGUAAUUUCUGCCCUCUGCGAGCCAAUCGCAGCCCAGAAACCCAAGCCAUCUGACAGCCCCAGGGGCGGGAUUUCAGUUUUUUCCCCCCUUUCUCCCUCCGCUCUCCCUUUCACCCCUCCUCCUUCCCUUUAUCCAAAUGGAGAGAGAGUUCCUCCCGCCCGCCCCCCCUUCUUCAGCUCAUCUAUUGAAGCGAGGGAGCUGCUGCUUGCUGCUGCUGCUGCAGACACGCCGCGGAAGAGAGAGUGCGAGACGCGCGCCUCGAGAAGGGAGCCCGGGGAGCCCGUAGAGACAGCUCUGCGCCCAGACAGGAUGGUCCAGCGCGCCGAGCAGCAGCAGCAACGCUGAGAUCCAGGCUCUCUCCAACCCUCGUUGGCUCGGCUUGGCGAGAAAAAGGACCGGGGGGGGGGGGAGUCUGGCUUUUUAGGAGUCUGGAGAGCGACUGAAGCCGGAGGAGAGCGGCGGGGGGGAGGCGAGCCUGCGGAGCUUCCCCGGCCCCACUCACGCACGCACGCACACUGGAUGCGGGCAGCGGCCGCGGCGGAGUCUUCCGGAUCCUCGCGAAAUGUUGCAAUGGGAGGCUCAGAGUCUGACUCGCCGGGAGCAGCUCGAGCAGCAGCAGCAGCCAACGCGGUAUGAAGCAGUGGUCUGUCAGCAGCAGCAGCAGCGGAGAAUCGCCACCCAGCCAGCCGUCCCCCGGUCCCCCUGGAUCGCCCCGAACCAGCAGCCCCAGCGCGCUGGGGGGAACCGCAGAAGACCCAGCCUCGGGGUCGCCAAAACAACAGCGGCGGCGGCAGCCCCGACUGUGCGGCGGCAACAUGGCCUCAGCUGUUAGUACCUCCGAGCCGGAGAGCGGUGAAGGAGGCGGCUGCAGAGAGCCGGAUCGGGCGGGCAGAGGCGGCGGCAGGCGGAGAAGGACCGGCGGGAACAGACGCGUCGCGCCGCCGCCGGAUCUGGAGUAUCUGCAGCGCCCCACCUACUGCGACGCGGGGUUCGCCUUGGAGCAGAUCGCAAAGGGAAAGGCUACUGGAAGAAAAGCACCGCUGUGGCUAAGAGCAAAGUUUCAGAGACUGUUGUUUAAACUGGGCUGUUACAUUCAAAAAAACUGCGGGAAAUUUUUGGUGGUUGGCCUUCUGAUAUUCGGGGCUUUUGCUGUGGGAUUAAGAGCAGCUAAUCUCGAAACCAAUGUGGAGGAACUCUGGGUAGAAGUUGGUGGACGAGUGAGUCGGGAGUUAAGUUACACGCGCCAGAAGAUUGGAGAAGAGGCUAUGUUUAAUCCCCAACUCAUGAUUCAGACACCACAAGAAGAUGGUGCUAAUGUAUUAACAACAGAAGCACUCAGACAGCACCUUGAUUCUGCAUUUCAAGCCAGCAGGGUACAUGUAUAUAUGUACAACAGGCAGUGGAAAUUGGAACACUUAUGUCAUAAAUCAGGGGAACUUAUCACAGAAGCUGGUUAUAUGGACACGAUCAUAGAACAUCUUUAUCCUUGUUUAAUUAUUACACCUUUGGACUGCUUCUGGGAUGGUGCAAAGUUACAGGCAGGGACUGCGUAUCUUCCAGGAAAACCCCAGUUGCAGUGGACCAACUUUGACCCCAUGGAAUUCUUAGAAGAGUUAAGGAAAAUAAACUCCCAAGUCGAUAGCUGGGAAGAAAUGCUGAAUAAGGCUGAAGUUGGUCAUGGCUACAUGGAUCGACCUUGCCUUAAUCCUGAAGACCCUGACUGUCCUAGCACAGCCCCUAACAAAAAUUCAACCAAACCUCUUGACGUGGCCCUUGUUCUAAGUGGAGGAUGUUAUGGCUUGUCCAAAAAAUACAUGCAUUGGCAGGAAGAACUGAUUGUUGGUGGCACAGUUAAAAAUGUUACUGGGAAACUUGUCAGUGCCCAGGCUUUACAAACCAUGUUUCAGUUAAUGACUCCUAAGCAAAUGUACGAGCAUUUCAAGGGCUAUGACUACGUUUCACACAUCAACUGGAAUGAGGACAAAGCAGCUGCAAUUUUAGAAGCCUGGCAGAGGAUGUAUGUUGAGGUUGUUCAUCAAAGUGUUGCACGAAACUCUACUCAGAAGGUGCUUUCCUUUACUACAACUACUCUGGAGGAUAUCCUAAAGUCAUUUUCUGAUGUCAGCGUUAUCAGAGUUGCUAGUGGCUACCUGUUAAUGCUUGCCUAUGCCUGUUUAACCAUGCUGCGGUGGGAUUGUGCUAAGUCCCAGGGUGCCGUAGGCCUGGCAGGAGUCUUGUUGGUUGCACUCUCAGUAGCUGCAGGAUUGGGUCUGUGCUCUUUGAUUGGGAUUUCCUUUAAUGCUGCCACAACUCAGGUUUUACCCUUUCUUGCUCUAGGAGUUGGUGUUGAUGACGUCUUUCUUUUGGCACAUGCAUUUAGUGAAACUGGUCAGAACAAGAGAAUCCCAUUUGAGGACAGAACAGGAGAAUGCUUGAAACGCACUGGGGCAAGUGUGGCCCUUACAUCCAUCAGCAAUGUUACUGCUUUCUUCAUGGCUGCCUUAAUUCCAAUUCCUGCUUUGCGGGCAUUUUCACUCCAAGCUGCUGUGGUGGUGGUAUUCAAUUUUGCCAUGGUCCUGUUAAUUUUUCCUGCUAUUUUGAGUAUGGAUCUAUAUCGUCGUGAGGAUCGGAGACUGGAUAUAUUCUGCUGCUUUUCAAGCCCAUGUGUCAGCAGAGUGAUUCAGAUUGAGCCUCAAGCAUACACUGAUGCUAGUGAGAAUACACGCUACAGCCCACCGCCACCCUACAACAGCCACAGUUUUGCACAUGAAACUCAGAUCACAAUGCAGUCCACAGUCCAGCUGCGCACUGAAUACGAUCCUCAUACCCAGGUUUAUUAUACCACAGCAGAACCUCGCUCGGAAAUAUCAGUGCAGCCUGUCACAGUGGCACAAGAUAACCUCAGCUGCCAAAGCCCAGAAAGCACAAGCUCAACUAGGGAUCUCCUUUCCCAGUUCUCAGACUCUACAUUGCAUUGUCUUGAGCCAGCCUGCACAAAAUGGACACUCUCAUCUUUUGCGGAAAAACAGUAUGCUCCAUUCCUAUUAAAGUCGAAAGCCAAGAUCAUAGUCAUUUGUCUUUUUCUGGGCUUGCUUGGCCUCAGUCUUUAUGGAACUACCUGUGUGAAGGAUGGACUUGAUCUUACAGACAUUGUUCCACGGGAAACCCGGGAAUAUGACUUCAUUGCUGCCCAAUUCAAGUAUUUCUCAUUCUACCACAUGUACAUCGUUACCCAGAAAGCAGAUUAUCCCAACAUCCAACACUUACUUUAUGAACUUCACAAAAGGUUUAGCAACGUGUCAUAUGUUUUGUUGGACGAAAACAAGCAACUUCCGAAAAUGUGGUUGCACUACUUCAGAGACUGGCUGCAAGGACUUCAGGAUGCUUUUGACAGUGACUGGGAAGCUGGGAAGAUCACAUACCAUAGUUACAAAAAUGGAUCAGAUGAUGCUGUUCUGGCUUACAAGCUUCUGGUGCAAACAGGCAUUCGAGAGAAACCCAUUGAUAUUAGCCAGUUGACUAAACAACGUCUGGUGGAUGCAGAUGGAAUCAUUAACCCAGAUGCCUUCUACAUGUACCUGACAGCCUGGGCUAGUAAUGACCCUGUGGCCUAUGCUGCCUCUCAAGCCAACAUCCGGCCCCACCGUCCAGAAUGGGUCCAUGACAAGGCAGACUAUAUGCCAGAAACCAGGUUGAAAAUUCCAGAAGCUGAGCCAAUAGAAUAUGCUCAGUUUCCUUUCUACCUCAAUGGACUGCGUGAUACUUCUGACUUUGUGGAAGCUAUUGAAAAAGUGAGAGCAAUCUGCAAUAACUACACCAGCCUUGGAGUGCCCAGCUACCCAAAUGGAUAUCCAUUCCUUUUUUGGGAACAGUACAUUGGCCUUCGUCACUGGCUCCUCUUGUCCAUUAGUGUGGUUCUGGCUUGCACAUUUCUGGUGUGUGCCCUCUUCCUUCUGAAUCCCUGGACUGCUGGGAUCAUUGUCGUGGUGCUGGCUCUAAUGACUGUGGAACUCUUUGGCAUGAUGGGUUUAAUUGGGAUCAAGCUGAGUGCAGUACCUGUAGUCAUCCUUAUUGCUUCCGUCGGCAUUGGAGUGGAGUUCACAGUCCAUAUUGCCUUGGCAUUUUUGACCGCCAUAGGAGACAAGAAUCACAGGGCUGUCCUUGCAUUAGAACACAUGUUUGCACCCGUGUUGGAUGGAGCUGUGUCUACUCUGCUUGGUGUAUUAAUGCUUGCAGGAUCUGAGUUUGAUUUUAUUGUCAGAUAUUUCUUUGCUGUUUUGGCGAUUUUAACCAUCUUGGGUGCUUUGAAUGGAUUGGUACUACUUCCGGUUCUUCUUUCCUUUUUUGGACCGUAUCCUGAGAUUUCUCCAGCAGAUGGAAGGAGCAGGUUACCUACACCUUCUUCUGAACCUCCCCAAAGUGUUGUGAGAUUUGCUAUACCACCAAGUCAGACUCAGAAUGGAUCAGAUUCUUCUGAUUCUGAGUACAGUUCUCAGACUACAGUAUCAGGAAUCACUGAAGAGCUCCAUCAGUAUGAGGCCACGCAGAGGUCUGGCGCACCCGUCCACCAUGUCAUUGUUGAAGCAACUGAAAACCCUGUCUUUGCCAGAUCCACUGUGGUCCAACCAGAGACACAGUGUCAUCAGUCAAGUCCAAGAUUACGGACGAAUCGAGAGCCUGGAAUUCAGCAAAUGUGCCAUCAGAAUAAGCAACCCAAAAGGGAAGGCCUCCAGCCACCACCUUAUCGGCCACGCAGGGAUGCUUUUGAAACCCCUACUGAUGGGCAUUCUUGUCCUAGUAACAAGGACUGCUCUAGCCAUAGAGGUUGUUCUCAGAAUAUCAAAAGCCCAGUCUUCACUGCCAUGGGCCCUUCAGUGCCAGCAUAUUGCCAGCCUAUCACUACUGUGACUGCCUCAGCUUCAGUUACUGUUGCUGUACACCCUGCUGUUCACAGCCACAAUACUCAUGCAGGAGGCUUUCCAUCCUAUGAGGGAUACCAUGAAACUGACCAUGGGCAAUUUGAGGACCCUCAUGUGCCCUUUAAUGUCCGGUGUGAGAGGAGGAACUCUAAAAUAGAAGUAAUAGAACUACAAGAUGUUGAAUGUGAAGAAAGGACACGUGGCAGCAGCUCAGAUUAAGGGAAAUAACUGAAGCAAAGAAGAGGCCAAAGAUGGGAAACCUACUUUUUCCAGAACUGCUUGAAGAGAAACUGCUUGAAAUUAUGGGAAAGGACAUGCUACAUCAGGGCAACGGUUUACUGUUACUGUAACCUAUUGUAUUAUUUGUUAAAUAUUUCUAUAAAUAUUUAAAAGGUGUACACAUAUGUAAUAUACAAGAAAAAUCAUGUAAAAUAGUAUAAUCUGGAGUUGUGUUAACUCCUGUUUAACAGAGUUGGGACAAUAUUGUUUGUGCUCUGUAGGUAUUGUACAUUGUUAUCUGUGCCACAACUAAGCUUAAUCUUGUCAAAUUUCAGCAUACAUUGCUGCUGCUUAAAUAUUGUAUAAUUUACAUGUAUAAUUCUAUGCAAAUAUUGCUAAUGUAUUAGGAUUUUUUGUAAAGGUGUGUGUGUUUAAAUAUUUUAAAAUUUCCAUAUCACAGCCCUGUGGUAGUAUGAAAUGUUCCCAUUAAUUGUCAACACGCUAUGCGUGAUAAUUUUUUAUUUUUUUGCUUUUUUAAAAUGAGCAGAUAUGAAGACCAGCAUGUUAACCCUGGUGACUGAAGUAUGUGUAGCUGUGCAUGUGUUUUGUGUUUUUCAGAUGUAUAUUUGUUUACUGCAGUGACUUUAUGAAGCACAGACUACUAGGAACCUGCUGCACAAGUCCCACUGAAACGACUUACAGUACUUGUGACUCAUGUGCAGAAGUUGCUCCUGGAAUAUGGGGGCCCACUCUGUAAUCCCUUUUGAGAUUAAUUUACCACUGUUCACCAAUAUUUCAGCCUUGCAAAUGGUUACUUCUGAAUAACUGCCAUUUAAACCAGUAGAACAGGUAAUUCAGCUGACAUACUUUAUCACCUAGAUACUAUUCUUUAUUCCCAUAAUUUUAUAUACAAUAAUAACAUUAAGCCCUGACCUGAAAGUUCAGGCUAGCUUGAUCCCAUCAGAUCUCAGAAAAUAAGCAGGUCCGACCCUGGGAAGUGUUUGAAGGGGAGACUUCUAAAAAAUACCAGGGUUGUGACGUAGAGGCAGACAAUGGCAAACCACCUCUGAACAUCUCUUGCCUUGAAAAGCUGAUGGGAUCGCCAUAAGUCAGAUGUGACUUGAUGGCUAAAUAAAUAAAAGUGACUUCAGUUUAAGUAGUAAUUAUUAAAGGUCAGUUAUUAAUGAUAGGCAUUUAGAGCAUGAGUUGUCUCUCUCAGAUUAUUUUUCAUUUUAGAAUAGAUAUGACUUCCACUGGAGACCUUUUUUAGUUUUUCUGUAGGAAGGUGCCCACGUUGCCCCCAUAUCAGGAGCAUAUGUAUCACCUCAAUUAUUUCCCCAGAAGCAUGUACUUUGUGUACUUUGAUGUUACAUAUGAAGUCACUCUCGAUUGCAUUUGAAGAUCCUGUGAUGUGCUCAACCAGCAUCAUAUUGAUGUGUAGUCCAGCAGGUACUUCUUCUGAGCAAGCUCUGGUGAAAUGACAUCCUGUGCUCGUGUACAGCUUCCAUUAAUUUCACUGAUGCUUCCACAGUAAUUCCUGUCUUUUCUUGCACAGGGCCUGUUCCUAUACAUUAGCUGGCUGGUUGGUUCCGAACUGCUUAUCCAGAAAAGAGAAUCCAUUGCAAUUGAGAAAUUGUCCCAUGUACAGACACAUUGCUCAAUAAGGGUUUAGAAAAAAGUGAACAACUUUGCAUCAGGCAAAAAUGAUCAUCAAAUUUUAGUGUUAGAGAGGACAGUCAUGUGAACUUAGCUCAGGUUUGACAAAUACAAAUUUCACACAUUAGGAUGCUAGUGCGUCAUAUUGGAUUAAUUUUAGGUGAUGUUCAACAAUUGCCCAUUCCAGUACAGGCAUUGUUUCAUUGGAACUCACAUUUCUCUUUAGGUUAGCCCUUUGCCCAUUAAUAGUCACAUACAGCUAGAUAUUUAUAAUUGUAAUGUGUGAAUUUUGUUCUGCCCCAUCUUUAAAAUGUUUUAAGAUGAGACAGUUGUUUACAUAUAACUAAUGAGAACAUUCAGAAGAUAGGAAUAAGGUAUUAUGCAUAUGUUUCAGUGGCGUAUAAGCUACUGUAUAGAUGUGCAACUAAACGGAACCCGCUGGCACAGUUUCCUGACUUAGCGGCCACAAGAUUCCAGGUCCCAACUAAGCAUUAGAACUGUAGUCAUUUCAAGUUUGAAAACUGCUAGAACAAUAUUAAAUUAAUUGCCACCUUCUACUGCCAACUGUAUGUGUAUGAAAGGACAAAAUAUUCCAGUAAAUCUACUUUGGGACCUAUUCAGUCACACUCUGUUCUAACCCAUUGUGUUUUUUUAUUUUUUUAAGGAAGAAUAUAGUAUGAGAUUUGGUAUUAAAUGGCCUCACCAACUUAGCAUGUCUGUGAGUGUAUAUGUGUGCGUAUGAGAAAGCCCCCCCCCCCCUUUCCCUUUUUUUGUGUCUGCUCCUUGGUGCAUAGUGUAGACCAUUUUCUCUUGUUGUCACAUUGGCAAAAAGAGAUCUCAGUGGCUGGUUCAUUUGUUUUUUACUUAAUUGUUUAUAUUUAUAUUUUUGUAUCAUAAGAGUUUUCCUACAGUAUUUGUCAUGCCAGUUUAUAACAAACACAAUGCAGGGAUUUUAUUUCUAUUGGAAACACUAUUACAGCUAUGUUUUUACUUAAUGGAAUUUUUAUUUGUAUAGAAUGCUUACUAAUGUUAAAUAGGAAAAGAGUAUAUAACAUUUACAUUAAGGACUCAUUUUGUAGCUUUUUAGUGCAAAGAGUAAAAAGGAAAAAAUAUUCAAACUGGGUCUCAUUGCCUGCCGGUUUUAGCAGGGAUGAGUUUUAUGUUUCAGUUACAAAGAUAAAAUUAUGCCAUAUAAUUUAUUUAUAUGAAAAUUUAUUUUUGUAGUGUACAUAGUAGUCUUCAAUUCUUUUGACAGAAUUAUAUUUUUAAAGAGUUUAUAUGUAAUGAUGAUACCAUUAUGUUUUGGAACAUUGCUGAAACAUAAAUUCAAUGCACAUUUUUCAUCAUAUACCCAAUUUUACAAACGAAGAAAAUGUUAACAGUGUUAAAGAGAGUGUGAAUAUUCAUGUCAUUCUGAGCUGUUUUAGUUACCAUUUUGUGAUCUAGUGUGGUUCUCAGUUUUAAAUCAUGAGUGGGAUAUUGUAAAAACUCUCUAAACAUUAAUGUUCAAACACUGAUAGAAAUUCUAACAUGAAUAAAAAUAUUAUAACUUA